AUGCGCCAUAAGGCUGAAAAAUGAACUUCUCAGACGUUGUGUUGGAAACUCCGUUGAUUGUGGAAAAGUCCAAAUUCACAACGACGGCCAUUCUUUUCCUGCAGCGACAGAACAGCCAAGAAGUGUACUGUGAUUUUGUCCCCGCCGCCGACGAACCCUUUCGUCCCAACUAUGACCGGAUUAAGCUGAAGCGUUUAUCUGUGUUGAAUUUAUCGAUGUGCGUUAUCUGCCGCUGCGACAUUAAGUACAACAAUCAGCGGAGAGCCCUGAAAUGUGACCAUGCAUUCCAUGCAAAAUGCAUCAAGCAGUGGACAUCCUUCCAGAACAUUUGUCCGAUUUGCAGGAUUGAGUUGUAGUGAACCACGAGCUAAAACCCCCGAUUUCGCAAUAAACUUUUCGAUUUGUUAGUUA